CGCGAAUUAAGCGUUUCAAGUGACCUCUCGUCACCACUUUCUGCAUCUGAAGACUCGGUAACUCGAGAAUGGAGCAUCGCGAUCAUCAUUUCUUCAGCAGAAAGCUAGAUUACGCCAUGGACGUAGACUGUUGCCUAGAAGAUCAAGAAAAGGAGGAGGAAGAACUUGAUCCCUUUCUAAAAUUCGUGGAAUACGCAAGAUCUGAACUGUUAUCACUUGAAGGCGAUGCAAACGGAGACGGUGACGGUUCUACUGGACUUGGAUGGAGUUGGACAGUGUCUCGUAUUCUGAAGACUUGCAUUGCUUAUUCAAGCGGCGUCACUCCCGCGAUCUUGCUCUCUGAACUCUCUCAGGCGUGGAGUGAGCAACGCAGGGUUGGGGCUCCGAAGAAGGGGCUCGAAGUAAUCAACCAACUCAAGAAGAAUCAUCGGAGGACUAAGCUUCCGAACACAGUUACAAUUGAUUCCAUAUUCGAAAAGAACUUCCUGUCCUUGAGCAGUGUUCUAGAAGCUGUUAUCGUUGAUGCAUUUGUGCUCCCAGGCACAAACAUCCACAUGCUCACAUUAGGGGAUUAUUGGAGCUCCAAUACCAUAGAUCUCUACCUACAUCGCAGCAGAUUCUAUGACUUGGCAGGCCUGCAAAACGGAAUUCUGAAGCGAGGGAGGGAGAUUUUUCUCACCGGUUGCUAUCUCCGAACUGCCACUGGAGGUUCUGGACGUGCACGUCUUUUGCCAACAGAGUAUCUUGUGAUUCUAUUGGAUGAGAAUCAGGAUGAUGAUGCAAUGCUACUAGGAGCUCAGUUUUGUUCAGACUCUUUCUCUUCAAUUUCUCUUGAUGCAGUGAACGGAGGGGCUUCGUAUUCCCUUUAUGCCCGGAUUAAAAAGAUCGAAUCUUCGGAAGUUCAGGGGAAGUUUGGAAUCUUAAAAAGAAAACAGAUUACUCUUGUUGACGGCGAUGGUGUUGUAAUAAAGUUUUUCUUGUGGGGUGAGCAGAUUCUCCUGGCCGAUCUUUUCAGAGUGGGAAGCAUGCUUGCCCUGGACAAACCGUAUGUUGCUAGUUCAGAGGACUGUGAUAUCGAGACAAAUGAAGGUUUUUGUCUCGAAUACGGAAGCGAAACACAGUUAUAUUUGGUGCCUUAUAUUCAACACGAAGAACAGGUGUGCGUAACAUUGACUCCAAAUCGACGUCACGGUUCACGGCCCUUGGGUUCUUGUAAUCCCAGUCAGGAUCUCAAGGUUUCUCAAGUUAGCUUGCCCCGUGAUUCUCAGGGGACCAUUGAUUUCAGUAAUUAUCCUUUUAGGUCAUUUGUGGUCGACCUUCGUGACAAGAUGACGGGCAUCAGUCUCUAUGGUGUUGUUACAGAUAUUGUCAAAGAAGAAAAUAUCAAAGAAACUGUUUUCUCUUUAAGAAUCGCGGAUGCUAGCGGAGAAAUUUGGACAAAGCUUCAUUUUGCGGGAUUUUGGUCCUUAGGAAGAGUGAGUCUCGGUCACACUGUAUUCAUAUCUGGCUUGACAUGCUCAAUGUCGAAAGAAACAUGUCUGGAAGUAUUAUGGUUUGAGAAUGGUAUUGGAGCUUCUUUCAUCAAUCUCAGUUGCUUACCAGCAUUGAUCUACUCAUCUUGCCUUCAUAAGCUAUCGCGACUCUCUGAUAUUUCUGACCAGACUAGCUACGCACAAGUAUGUCGAGUCUCGCUUGAUCCAAUUCGGUAUUAUUACGUUAAUACACGAUUUUCACAUUCUCUAUGUGGUCAUUUUGUGAACAAGAUGCCUGAUGGGUCGAUGAAAUGCUGCUUUUGUCAUACAAUUUCUGAUGCUACGUUAGUACGCACUUUUCAUCUGAAAAUUACUCUUGUGGAUGAGGGUACGAAAGUUUUGGCAUGGUGUACAGGUCAAACUGCUAUGGAUUUGUUGCAGAUAGCUCCUGAGGAGUUUUAUGAACUUCCCGAGGAAGAGCAAUUAAUGUAUCCUUCGUCGUUAGAAAAUGAGAGGUUUAUGGUUGCACUGGUAAAGUGUAAGCGAGAUGGUUGUGUGAUAGAUGGCCUCUCGCCAGACGAUUCAAUUUCGUGGGAGAUCACUCGUGCAUACAAAUGUGAAUGAAGGUGGCACUGGGAUUGUAGUGAAACUGUAGUCGUUCCUUGCACUAUCAUAAUGGAAGCCUGAAAGGUAUUUCGUUAAGAACCCACCUCUUGCGUCCUGUCUAAAGGAAAAUCUAAUGAUCCAUAGUUCAGCCUGAGUAUUGCUGUAUAUUUUGAGUGAAUGUUUCAAAAUAUUAAUAUUACAUCAAUUAAUUAAUUAAAAAUUUGAUUGAGUGAUUAUUUAAAUUAAAUAUUUGCUUUCGUCUUAUUCUCAUACCAUUCUUUCAUUCUAGAAGUUUGAAGAAUUGAGUUAUAACUCCCCCGUCAUUCUCAUUCUCUUUUCCUUUGUGACUUUUUACUUUAAUUUUGUUCCAAAAUUUUAUUGGAGGAGUGAUAUGUUUUGAAGAAAUUGCUGGAUAAAGAUCUUUUAAAGCAGUCAUCAAGGGGCCAGGUUAAUUUUGUUACUCUGAUUUUGGUUUGCGAUUACAGAUAACAUCAUGGACUGGAUUUUAUUUUAAAACCAUGCGCUUCUGAAUUAUUAAUGGAUAAAGUAUUGUACUAAUUUUAUUUGGAACGAUCAAACACUUGUAAUUUUAAAAUUUGGGUAGGAUUGUUAGCAUUUAGAUGUAGUUUCUGUUUUUUGAUUAAAUAUAGUACAGUUUUCUGGUUAGUAAUAGGUCAGUUGACCUAUUAUUUAGGGAUAUGAUGCCAAAAUUUAGCCUAUGAUUUUAUGCAUGAAAUUAGUGGGUGUUGAGUUUUUUUUUUGGUUGUAUGACUAUAAGGCCAAAUGUUUGCUGUUUGAAUUGAAUAACACAAGAUUACAUAAAACAAAUUUUACCUGUGUUCAUAAUUAGUAUCAGAGCUCUUUCAUAAGGGUUUUGAUCCAGAAUCUGAGAGAUAAAUAGUUCAGUGGGUGAUAGCACCUACGUGAGUGAAAUAGGAUGUUUGUACUUACCAGGGAAUCGUUGAAUUCAAUAUGCUUCCAGAAGGAAUUAGAGCAUGAUUCUUAAUUCACAUUUGAUUUGGUCAUUUAAGCAACAGUUUAAAAUAUUUUCUUUAAAC